UCCAGGGAGCUGCGCGGAGAUCUUUCAGGCACGGACGCAGGCGGCAGCAGCGAGAGCAUCAGCAUCAAACACAAACCCGCUGUACGGGGCUCGGCAGCCUCCCUCCGUCCCUGUCUCUCCGUGCCCAGCCAUGAAGCAGAUGUUACUGGACCUCAUGAGGAUGAGUAGGAUCUGCCGGAUGGUGCUGGCCACUUGUUUAGGAUCUUUUAUUCUGGUCAUCUUCUAUUUCCAAAGUAUGUUCCAACCAGUUAUGAGGCGGAAUCCGUUCGCGGCGGAGGGAUGCUGUCGGAAAGGCUCCAGAAACGCCCUACAGGAGCUGUACAAUCCCACACAGGCUGAGUUUUCUGCGGCGGCAGUGUUGCAUCAGGCCCGGCGUGAUCAGAUGGCGGACACAUGUCGUGCCUACAGCGCGUCCAGCCGCAAGCGACGUGUGCUGACCCCCAGCGACCUCAAGCACUUUGUGGUGGAUGAGGAGCAUGAGCUCAUCUACUGCUACGUCCCCAAGGUGGCCUGCACCAACUGGAAGCGGGUCAUGAUGGUGCUGAGUGGCCGGGGCAAGUACAGCGGCCCCAUGGAGAUCCCGUCCAACGAGGCCCACGUGCCCUCCAACCUAAAAACCCUAAACCAGUACAGCAUUCCUGACAUCAACCACCGGCUCAAGAGCUACCUCAAGUUUCUCUUUGUGCGUGAGCCCUUCGAGCGGUUGGUUUCAGCCUACCGUAACAAAUUCACGCUCCGAUACAACACCUCAUUUCACAAACGCUAUGGGACGAAGAUUGUGCGACGGUACCGCAAGAAUGCAACAACCGAGGCACUGCAGAGCGGUGCCGAUGUGAAAUUCCAAGAGUUCGCUGAGUACCUGGUGGAUCCGGGCACUCACAGAGAAGCUCCGCUCAACGAACACUGGCAGACGGUCUACUCGCUCUGCCACCCCUGCCACAUCCACUACGAUCUAGUGGGCAAAUACGAGACUCUGGAGGAGGACGCCAACUAUGUGCUCAAACUGGCAGGGGUGGGUGACUCCUUGCGCUUCCCAUCCUACGCCAAAUCCACCCGUACCACCGACCAAAUGGCAGCCCUGUUUUUCAACAACAUCAGCUCCCAGCAGCAAGGCCAGCUAUACCAACUAUACAAACUGGACUUUCUUAUGUUCAACUACUCCACUCCCAGCUACCUAAAACUGCAGUAAACACACAUACGCAGUUGCGCACACGUUCCGAGCUUGUCAAACAAGGUUGAGCAAUGGGAGAAGGACCAUUGCUGAAAGACACAGGCGGGGGAAUCAACCGAGCACUCAAUGUAAAAUCUUAUUUAUAUGCGCAGGGAAGGUUGCUUUAUUUCGAGAUGACUUAAGAGAUAUCGAUCAACUGCAAAUGCGGACAACUUGGAAAGUCUUUUGAGACUGAAGUCUGAUGUAUUUGCCCAUUGAAUUGUACAUUUCCAGUGUAAAGGCCCCUGUUCCCAAACAUCAAAAGCAAUAUGACAGAUUCUGAACUAUACCUGCUCAAAUGGUUUAUCUAUUAAUAUACUCAACCAGCCGCUGCCGUCAUAAUUGAAGCUUCACGGAAAGAAGCGCCUAGAUUAAUAAUAAGUCUCGAGAUACAAUCUGACUUGUUCUGACUUCAAUCCCCCACUUUUAAUUUCAUGUUCCCUUUGGAAGUUCCCUAGCUUCUCCCAUACUCAGACGGCCUUUGUGUGUGUAUGUGUAUUUAUACAGUGCAAAUUUAAAGGUGCACAGUAAAAAAGAAGACAAAAAAGAGGCAUUGAAUGGUGCCUUCGUGAAAGGGGCGUGUCCAAAUGUGAGUGACAGGCAGGGGCUCCACCCACUAGGUCUGUCAGGGAGCAUCAGUAGCAGUCGGGAGGUCAGAGGUCACUGCUGGCUGGGCUCAAGCACACUGUUCCCACAACCCCUCCUCGCUCAGUUGGUCUUCAGUAAGGAUUUUUAAAGCAGGAAUUUGUUUUAUUUUCUAUUUGUUUAUAAUGGAAAAAGUUGCUGCGAGCAGCACUUCAAUAAUACAAUUUGAAUUACUGUGUGAAAUAGAGAUGAGAAAGACUUAAUAUUUUGUUUCCAGGAAAGGAAAUCUGCUUAGAGGUAGAGACUUUCUGAGGUUUAAUUGUCAUAAUUCGUUCAUAUUUCUUCUUGCAUCAUUUGCAGAACACUGUUGCUGGGAUACCAUGCUGGUUGUUUUGUGAAGGGUGUACGGAAAAAAGGGCAGGACUUUGUUUUCUGAGCUGUUCUCAUGGGAAAGUUUCACACGGUGGUGUGUUUGAGAGAGAGAGAGAGAGAGAGUUAGAGAGAGAGAAAAUGCAGGCAAAUCUGUUACAUCCAUUAGAUGAUUUAAACACUUUUGAGUUUGAGUUCAAAGGAACACCCUUUAAUUUAACAAGUUGUAUUUUAUUUUUCUAAUUUGCUUUGACGGUGCACAAAAAUGAUAAAAAAAAUUGCUUAUUUAUGUGCACGAUUGGCCACAAGCGAGUGUGUCCGAGUGCUUUAUCUCAUUUUCUUUGUUGCAAAUAUUGACUCUGGCUAAAGGCUUCUGUUAGCUUCCUCUCUCCCAUAUCUCUCUGCUUUUUAGGAAAAGUCCUGGGUUCAUUUGGCCUGAAUAAGUGAGGGCUGAUUAGCAGGAUUUUAAGUUCUGUAGAGCACGGUCUUUAAUGAAGACCACACACAUUCACACACACUUGUAUCAGCUCCUUAUGCAAAGGGUAAAACGUGGCAAAAAAGCAAAA